AUGGGGGAGCCAGAUUAUUAUCAGUCAAUUGUUGGUGCAUACCAAGAUGCCUACGCCGACGACCAUGUUCUUCUCGGGUUUAUCCAACGAGCUCUGGGCUACUUGGAACCACACUCCCGUAUUCUGGAUGUUGGCUGCGGAACGGGGAAGCCUCUGGACAUGUGCUUAGCAGCCGCGGGGCAUCAGGUCGAAGGCAUUGACAAAUCGCCCACGAUGAUUGACUUCAGUCGGAAAAAUGUGCCUAGCGGCAAAUUUCAAAUCGCAGACAUGUGUACCUAUGAGCGUCCAAUCGGGAGCCAGGACCUGGACGCCAUUUUCAAUGUUCGCGCUCUUUUCCGGGAAACUCGGGCUGAAAUUGAAACGUGCGUUGGGAACUGGGCAAAGUGGUUGAAGCCACAGGGUCUCCUAUGCGUGGUUGUCCUGGCCGCCGAUGACUAUAACCCCGCCAAGAUCGAACACUACGAUAGCGAUGAUCAUUGCGCAAGGGUAAAACGACGAUUCAUGGGUAAUGACGAGCACUGUGUUCUUUUUUCUCGCACAGGUUGGGAACAUCUCUUGCAAGUGAACGGUCUUGAGGUCUUGGAUGAAAAGAUGGAGCUCUUUGUGCCGCCAGAGGAGGCCGAUUCGGACGAGGCAGCGCAGUAUUGUUUCGUUGCUCGGAAAUUGUAG